CCAGCAAGCACAUUGGCAUCAAGAAAGGUAUAAAAGACUUGAAAUAUGAACCAUUUUUGGAUUCUCGGUUUCAUUGCACUUACUGUGCCAUUUGUAGCAGCCAGUAACCAGAUAUGCCAAGAUACAGAAAAAAAUACCUGUACUGUCAUUACAUGUGGAUCAGCAGGAAAAGACGGGCUGCCAGGGAAAGAUGGAAACACGGGACCAAGGGGUGAAAAAGGCGAGCAAGGACCAAUUGGAUUACAAGGCCCCCUCGGACCGCCAGGAAUUCCUGGAGCACGAGGACUAACAGGAGAACAGGGAUCACCAGGUCCAAAAGGAGACAGAGGUGACAGCGGGGCUUCAGCUCUUGAAGCACUGACACUUAAAGUAACCUCGAUGGAACAACAGCUUCGAUCUGUUCAGUCCAAGUUAGAGGCUCAGAAGAAAGCCCUGGUCUUCUCUAAAGGAGCAAACAGUGGUGACAAAAUCUAUAUUACAAAUGGCCAGGAAGCAACGUACUAUGAUGGAAAAGCAAUUUGCUCUUCAGCUGGAGGACAGCUUGCUUCACCAACGAAUGCAGAAGAGAACCGAGCUGUACUAGCCGUGGCUUUACAAAAUAAGAAGAGUCCAUAUCUUGGUAUUAAUGACCUUCAGACUGAGGGAAGUUUUAGAUACCCAAAUGGAGUGAUAAUCAGCUACUCAAACUGGAAACCUGGGGAACCCAAUAAUGAUGAAGGGAUUGAAGAUUGUGUGGAAAUGUACGACACAGGAUACUGGAAUGAUAAGAAUUGUGCAGAAAAACGACUUCUCAUUUGUGAAUUUUUUUAA